AUGGAAGGUGGUAGAUCAAGUCUGAAUGCAAGGGGAGAUGAUGUGGCUUCAAUGAUUUUGAAGGUUCAGGACCCCAACCUCGUCUCUAUCUUCAUCAAUGUCAAGAAUCGAGUGUCAAACUGGUCACUAUUCCUCAUGAACAAGCAGUACGAUAAAGCAACCUCUGGCAAAAUCGAUAAUGAUGACGAGAGCAACAUGUAUUCGACAUCAGUGGGCCUCCCUUCUGCUCGGCACAUAAAAGAAGUACUUGAAAAUGAUGGUACCAUUGCUCUCUCUCCUCUCCAUCGUCAUUGGCGUCUUCUCAACCCCUACACCUGGCCAGACACGAUCAAACAGGCCACUGCGAAAGUCAGUGGAGAUAUUAGUGGGGUUCAUCCACUGCUAGGGCCUGAGUGGGAUGUGGAUAACGAUACGAAUCGAAUUCGAGACCCCCACCUGCGAAGAAACAAGCUUGCUUUAUCCAGGAAGAACAAUCAGAAUCCCCCUGUCCCCUCUAUCACUCAGAUCGACUUAACGAAGGAUAAUGACGAUGAUGACGACCUGUUACCUGUCGAAAACCCCUUCUUUUCACCUCCUUCUCCUACUCUUCCUCCUUCGCCUAAAAGAGGCGUAAAAUCGAACCCCUCACAAAUGUCUAAUGAUGUCUCUCACACCGGCCGUCUCCACACUCAGUCAGAGAAAUUCAUUGGUAUCAAGAAAAAGGCGAAUCGUCCCUGUCCCCUGUGUGGUUCAAGAAGUCAUGGUCCUAAGAAGUGUAAAAGGGCUAAUGAACAUCGAGAGAGGGAUCCUGAGGCCUAUGAUCGCGAGGUAAAGGCGUAUGAUGCUGGAGAAACGACCUGGACAGAGGGAUCGGUGUUGGGAACCAAUGCUGCUCUGGAGAAGAGACUAGCAGAGCUUCAGGAGACGGUUGCUGGCCUGACUAAGAGUAUCCAGGAGGACAGAGAUAAAAGGGAGAAGGAAAAUCGGCCUGUAGUGGUGAGGACAGAGGACAGGAUGGUGAGGAGACAGGAUGUGAUGGCCGGGACAGGUUAUCUGGAGACACCAGGAAACGGCCAAUAUCCACCGAAUAGAAGAGUGAGCAGAGCUCGCGGCGUUAUUGAAACCCCGAUCAGUGGCGAGUUCAUGUCCGUCGCGUGGUCGGCGUUACUGAAAUUCCGAUGGUGGUGCCCGGACGAGACUAGGGUGGUGCCCGGAGUGGACGUCGGAUACCAAGUGGUCCUCCUCUUCUUGACCGAUGCUUUCUGUCAUGACGACUAG